AGUUCAAAGGCUGAUGAGAGAGAAAAACUCAUGAAGAGGCUUUACUCUAGGGGAAGUUCUUCAGUGAAUGGGAUCUUGGCGCACAGGGAAAGAUGUCAGGCUCUUCCUGGCUCUUUCUCAGCCUUGUUGCUGUAGCUGCUGCUCAAUCCUCCACUGAGGAAAAGGCCAAGAUAUUUUUGGACAAUUUUAACUCUAAAGCUGAAGACCUGUCUCAUGAAAGUGCACUCGCUUCUUGGGAUUAUAACACCAAUAUUACCGACGAGAAUGUCCAAAAAAUGAAUGAAGCCGACAGCAAGUGGUCUGCCUUUUAUGAACAGCAAUCCAAGCUUGCCCAAACUUAUCCACUACAAGAAAUUCAGAAUCCUACAAUCAAGCGUCAAUUGCAGGUCCUUCAGCAGAAUGGGUCAUCAGUGCUCUCACCAGACAAGAGCAAACAAUUGAGCACAAUUCUAACUAAAAUGAGCACCAUCUACAGUACUGGAAAAGUUUGUAACCCAAAUAAUCCAGAGGAGUGCUUCACACUUGCAGGCUUGGAAGACAUAAUGGAGAAGAGCAAAGAUUACAAUCAAAGGCUCUGGGUUUGGGAAGGCUGGAGGUCUGAGGUCGGCAAGCAGCUGAGGCCAUUAUAUGAAGAAUAUGUGGACCUGAAAAAUGAGAUGGCAAGAGGAAACAAUUACGAGGACUAUGGGGAUUAUUGGAGAGGAGAUUAUGAAACAGAGGGGAAAGAUGGCUAUAACUAUAGCCGCCACCAGUUGAUUGAAGAUGUGGAACGUAUCUUUUUAGAGAUUAAACCAUUAUAUGAACAUCUUCAUGCUUAUGUCAGGGCAAAGUUGAUGAAUGCCUACCCUUCCCGUAUCAGUCCGACUGGAUACCUCCCUGCCCAUUUGCUUGGUGAUAUGUGGGGCAGAUUUUGGACAAAUCUGUACAAUCUGACAGUCCCCUUUGAACAGAAACCAAACAUAGAUGUUACUGGUGCAAUGGUGGAACAGUCCUGGGAUGCAGAGAAGAUAUUCAAGGAGGCUGAGAAGUUCUAUAUAUCUGUUGGACUUCCUAGUAUGACUCCAGGAUUCUGGAAUAACUCCAUGCUAACUGAGCCAGGCGAUGGCCGGAAAGUGGUCUGCCACCCCACAGCUUGGGACCUGGGGAAGGGCGACUUCAGGAUCAAGAUGUGCACAAAGGUGACAAUGGAUGACUUCCUGACAGCCCAUCAUGAGAUGGGACAUAUCCAGUAUGACAUGGCAUAUGCCACACAACCCUACCUACUAAGAAAUGGAGCAAAUGAAGGAUUUCAUGAAGCUGUUGGGGAAGUCAUGUCACUUUCUGUAGCUACACCUAAGCAUUUGAAAGUCAUGGGUCUUCUGCCACCUGAUUUUUCUGAAGACAACGAAACAGAAAUAAACUUCCUACUCAAACAAGCACUUAAUAUUGUUGGAACUCUACCGUUCACUUACAUGUUAGAAAAGUGGAGGUGGAUGGUCUUUAAGGGUGAAAUUCCUAAAGAGCAGUGGAUGAAAAAGUGGUGGGAGAUGAAGCGAGAAAUAGUCGGGGUGAUGGAACCUCUGCCCCAUGAUGAAACAUAUUGUGACCCCGCAUCUCUGUUCCAUGUUGCUAAUGAUUACUCAUUUAUCCGUUAUUUCACAAGGACCAUUUUUGAAUUCCAGUUUCAAGAAGCCCUCUGUCAAAUAGCUAAACAUCAAGGUCCCCUCCAUAAAUGUGAUAUCUCAAAUUCCAAAGAAGCUGGGAAUAAGCUGCUUGAAAUGCUGAAACUUGGAAAAUCAGAACCCUGGACCUUAGCACUGGAAAAGAUUGUAGGAACAAAGAAAAUGGAUGCAAAACCACUGCUCAACUACUUUGAGCCUUUGUUUACCUGGCUGAAAGAGCAGAAUGGGAAUUCUGUAGGAUGGAACUCUGGUAAUUCUGUGGAAUCGCGCUCUGGGAAUUCUGUGGGAUGGUUCUCUGAAUGGAGUCCAUAUGUUGAGCAAAGCAUUAAAGUGAGGAUAAGCCUGAAAUCAGCUCUUGGAGAAAAAGCAUAUAAAUGGAAUGACAAUGAAAUGUACUUGUUCCAGUCAUCAGUUGCAUAUGCCAUGAGAGAGUAUUUUUUAAAAGAGAAAAACCAGACGAUUCUUUUUGGGGUGGAGAACGUGAUGGUGAGUGAUGUAAAACCAAGGGUCUCCUUCAACUUCUUUGUCACUUCACCUGAAAAUGCAUCUGUCAUCAUUCCUAGAAGUGAAGUUGAAGAUGCCAUCAGGAUGUCCCGGGGUCGUAUCAAUGAUGCCUUUCGCCUGGAUGACAACAGCCUGGAGUUUCUGGGUAUUCAGCCUACCCUAGGACCCCCUAACCAACCACCUGUCACCAUAUGGCUGAUUGUUUUUGGAGUCGUGAUGGGAGUGGUAGUAAUUGGUAUUGCCGUGCUCAUCUUCACUGGGAUCAGAGACCGAAAGAAGAAAAAACAAGCAGGAAAUGAAGAAAAUCCUUAUUCUUCUGUGAAUUUGAGUAAAGGAGAAAAUAAUCCAGGCUUCCAAAGUGGUGACGACGUUCAAACUUCAUUUUAGAAAAAUCCAUUUUAUUCCCUCUUGAGGUGAUUUUAUUGCAUGAAAAUGUUAAUUUUACAUUAAAGAAAGUAUGAGAUUAUAAAGAUGUCAUUAAACAUCAAAACCAUGGCUCUGUUCAGUAAAAUUGUCCAAAGAAGACAUGCGGAGGAGAGGGCCUCUUUACUUGCAUUGCUUUUAGUAUUUACUUCUGCCUCAAAAUUUGAGAAAGUAUGUCUUUGGCCUCCCAGACUGUUCAAGGGUAAUGGAAAUGCAAAUGUCUGUUGUGUUGCUGGAGUUGGGAAAAAAGGCAUAUAUUGUGGGAGGAUUCAGUGUAAGAGCCUUAUAUGGAGACUAGAUGGAUAGCUUUUAAGAACAGUGCAUGUAAACUGAUGGAGCUGCAGAGAUUGAAAAUGACACACGUUGUUCACUUUAUUUUAAUUCAAGUGUAGAGUAUGACAUGUUUUUUUUCAUAUUAACCUAAAUCAAAGUACGAUAGCAAUUUGCCCAGUGAUGAUUGGACUACCAUGUGUUCCUUAGGGUGACAAGUCUAAAGAAGAGAGAAGAAUCCAGAGAGUGUCAGAAAAUGUUGCCUUCUCACUUCCAAGCUACUUGAUCAGCAUCUUCCUGACAAUAUUAAAGCAGCCCCUGGGGCCCCACCUAGCACACCUGGUAGAAGCUCACUUCCAUUGUUCUCUAACUGUGGAGUGAAUGGAAAUCCAACUGCAUGUCACCCUCUGAAGUGGGCACUUAAACUCUUAAAUCUUUUGUUUUUACCCACAAUGUCUGAGUAGCACUGAGCACAAAGCAUAUACUCAAUAAAUACUAGAUUUGCACACUC